AUGAAUUCGAUUACUACGCCCAGAAUGGGCGCAACUAUAUUGAGAACAAUCGCACCAAAUGUUGGUGUAUUGUCACAAGUAUUGCCCUUGGGCCUUAGAAGAGUUUAUCCGAGAGGUGUGCGCUGGGUAUCCAGUGAAAUCCAACAGAAGGACAGGCAAGCUGGUGAAUCUAACACGGCUACCGACACAGGUGUCAUUCAUAAGACAGAGCAAGAAACUCUGCUAUAUUUUGAUAAUGUAUAUGCUAGAGCCACAUCACUGUGGAAUCCAGCUUUAUGGUACAACGUAUUACUACGGAACCAAUCUCGAGAAAGUGUUAGAGAAAAGAUUAAAAAUCUAGCAAGUCCACCAGAUAAUCCAAUUCAUGGGCUACAACUGAGGUCGACGAUUCCUGUCAAGCGUGAUGGUGGUGUAUUUGCCACAUUUUUGGUACCCUUUAACUAUACAAAAGCAGAAGUGAAUACUAUGAUUCAACAGAAUACCCUGAAUGAAUCGAAGAAUUCACUGUUUUCUUACUUUACUAGAGCAACUGCUUUUCCAGUCAAGGGGUCACCCUGGAUUGAGGACUUGAAGAGACUCCCAAGCACUACUGUCAUCAUUAAAUGUCAAGGUCCACCUCUAACUGAAGAAGAAAUAUACUCUUUAUUCAGAAGAUAUGGAACAAUUAUUGACAUCUUUCCUCCUAAUGAUACCAACAAACAUUUCCGUGUCAAAUAUAGAUCCUAUAGAGGAGCCAUAUGUGCAAAGAACUGUGUGUCUGGUAUCGAAAUUCAUAAUACUGUUUUGCAUCUUCAAUAUGAAAAUGUAGUCAAGGGCCAUUUGAUAAGAAACUUUUAUGUUACUCAUACAAGAAUUGCAAUUCCAGUUACUUUUGCACUAUUAUCUAUUCUGGCUGUUUUGAUAUUUGACCCUAUCAGAGAGUUUUUUAUUGAGCAGAAGAUUACUCACCAAUACCAGAUUUCUUGGGAUAACAGAUACCUUAAACAGUUAAAGAACUUAACCAAUUCAACAGUUUCUACUUUUAAGAAUUACUGGGGUUAUGACAGUUCCAUUAUCUCUAAAAGACACCUGUGGGAAGAAAGGAUCGAGAAAAUGGAUGAUUUGAAAAUGUGGCUCGAAGAAAACAACAAUACGUUUGUAUUAAUAAGAGGCCCAAGAGGUUCCGGUAAGCAUGAGCUAGUUAUGCAACACACGCUUCACAACAGAAACAAUGUGCUCUACAUCGAUUGUGAUAAGUUAAUUAAAUCUAGAACCGAUGCCAAAUUUUUAAGAAAUGCUGCAGGUCAAUUAGGCUAUUUUCCAAUAUUCCCGUGGAUUGACUCAGUAACUAAUGUUCUAGAUUUGAUGGUUCAAGGGUUGACUGGACAGAAAAGUGGUCUCUCAGAGACAAAAGAAUCGCAAUUCAGAAAUAUGCUAACCACGUCAUUAAUGGCUGUUAGAAGAAUUGCAUUAAAAGACUAUCAAUCAACAAUCAAUGAUGCUGGAGAUGAUGUGAAUAUCAAGGAGGAAGAUUAUCUACAGCAACACCCUGAAGCAAAGCCAGUUAUUGUGAUCGAUCGUUUUGAAGGGAAAGCGGAUAUUAAUAGUUUUGUCUAUAAAGAAUUGGCAGAUUGGGCUGCUAUGCUAGUUCAAAUGAACAUUGCUCAUGUAAUUUUCUUAACAGAAACUGUUGCAGCAAAUCAAAGACUUUCAGAAUCGUUGCCUAAUCAAGUCUUUAAGACAAUGAUUCUGUCUGAUGCAUCCAAGGCAAACUCAAGAAACUAUGUGCUAUCUGAAUUGGUUGAACAUUAUCACAAGAGUUUGAAACGGGCAAAGAAGGCCGAAGAGGAUGAGCCUACAGAGAAAGCAUCUCCUGAACAUUCCCAGUAUGAUGAAAAUGACCCUAGAAGAUACCUGUCUGAGGAGCUAAUUCAAGAUAUUGAUGACAGUUUGGAGCCAUUAGGUGGGAGAAUGCUAGACCUUCAAGCAUUUGUGCGCAGAGUAAAGUUCGGAGAACUCCCUAAGGAAGCGUUAGAUAAGAUGAUUGAGCAAGCAUCGGAGCAAAUUACACAAAUUUUCUUGAGUGAUAAGAUCGAUCCACUGAAGAGCGCUCAGGCAUGGGAAUUGAUUGAUUUACUAAGCAAGAACGGUAAGGUAUAUUUCCAUGAUAUUGUGUUCAGGCCAUUAUUCAAAGCAGCUCCAGAAAUUGGUAUACUAGAACUAGAGAACAAUGGCUUAAUCACUGUAUCCAGAGAUAGAGGUGUCCUCAAAGAGAUCAGACCUUUCAAGCCGUUAUACAGGGCUGCCUUCCAGUAUUUAAUCGAUGAUGAAGAUCUGAAGACGGUGCUAAUGACAAGGUACCACUUGAAAGUGAUUAACUUCGAAACAGGAAGAAUCAAGAAAUGGGAGGAAGAACUUCGUGCUCUUGGUAAGAUUAAUGACCAAAAGCUAUUCAAGAGCAGAUUAGAUUACCUGUCUAAAAAGAUUACCACAAGUAGUGAUGUUAUCAACCAUUGUGAAGAUGAAAUCAAGAAAUUGUCUCAAGAGUCCAAUAAUCGAAGAAAAUGA